GCGUCGUCGUCGACAGUUUGUGCGUGGCAUUCGCGCAAUUGCCAGAAUCGAAGGCUAGCAUCAGCCGCGAGGACGGGCCGCCGACAAACGCCGACUUUCGCCGAACGGACUUUUGUGAGCCCGUGUUAUGGCUAAGGCCUGUUUCGGAAGAUAACGCACAUCCUAAUCGCCGUGUCUCUUUCCACCGCUGCUGGUGAAAGGCUCCGCCGCUUUUGUUCGAAACUUUUCCCACCAGCCGCAGCAGCCUACGUGGAGCGACGCCCCACCGUGCAGUCAGCGUCAGCAUGAAACGCGCCAAUGGGAACGACCUGCUGGACGGCGUUGGCAACGUAGUCCAUCCGAAAAAGCGGGACUUGCCGCCGCCGGGCUGGAAGCGCAGCCGAAUUCUGCUCGUCAUGCGGGGCAUUGACGAAGUGAUUUCAUCAAACCUCUUUCUGGCGGCCACAGAGUCUUCGCCGCUCGCCAAAUACCGUGGCGUGCUCGCCAUGUUCGAAAAGUCGGCCCACUUCGCCAUCUGGUUCGGUGGCCUGGUGUUCCUCAUGUGGUUCUUCUCCAUCGACGUGGCAAUAAGGACGUUCCUGUUCAACGUUUUCAUCGCUCUCCUCUUCGACGUCGUGCUGGUGGCCGUGCUGAAGGCCGUGGCGCGCCGCCGCCGUCCCGGUGUGAGCCGCGAGCAGUACGAGCGCGAGCCGCUCUCGUCCAGCCUGAGCUUCCCGUCUGGCUUCACCUCGCGCGCCUUCCUCAUCACCCUGAUUGUGGUCGAGCACAGCCACCUGUUCCCGCUCUUCAAGCUGCCCUUCCUGGUGUGGUGCAUCGCCGUCGCCAUCUGCAAGCUCCUCAUGGGCAGGCAGUUCCUCGGGGACUCCCUGGCGGGUGCCGUCUUGGGCUACAUCGAGUACCACUGGAUCGUCAACCCCUUGUGGUUGUCCGAGGGCGCUGCCUCCUUUUUCUUCAACAGCUUCAACGCCCUCGAAGAGCCCACUUAUGACUCGAUGCUGUGAUUGUGUGGUGCACGCUGGAAGGGAGUACUUCAGUUUUUUUUUUUAUUCAAGGAACUGGUCUUUUUCUUUCUUGCCUUUGUGUGCGUGCUAGCGUGUUAUGUGUGCGUGUGUUUUUUAAAAAUAAACUAAGCACGUGUGUGACAAAGGGA